UAGGCGCACCCAGAGCUAAGUCUCGUUGUUCAGGUUGCUAGAUCUGUAAUUUUGUCUUUAAGCGAUUUCUUGUUUUAAUAACCAGUGUAACGACAACACAGAAACAAAGUUAUGUUCUUUUUGUAGCGUACGUUGUUUGUUUACCUUAUUAUGUUAAUCUCAUUUAUAAUAUUUUACAUGAAGUUCUGUCCUUCUGUUUAAAACACUGCGUCUAUAAUUUGACCCAAUUAAUAUAAAAAUCACUGUGUAUGUGUGUGUGUGUGUGUGUGUGAGAGAGAGAGAGAGAGAGAGAGAGAGUGAAUGAAGGGAAUUAUUUUCAUCCGAUGAUGUAACGUUAUAUUAGGAGAUAAUUAGGCUAAGAUAAUUAGCAAAGUAUAAACAGCGAUAAAAAGCGUUAUGAAACUCUCGCCUACGCCUUUGUCGUGUGCUUUUUAUAUGAUAGCAACAGCAGCCAACUCGGUUUAAGAAAAACAUUGAUCACUACACAUUAAUGCAAAAUCUUUGGGACGUUGCUGUUAUAUUCAAGAAUGUGUGCUCGUAAACAUUAAUUAAUAUUAAUACUAUUAAUUAUCAUUAUUAUUUCUCUUAUUAUAUAAUUCUCUAUUAUUAUUUAUUUUUUACAAUUUAUUAAACACUUGAUUAGGAAAUACAAAAGUGAAAAAACAUACGUCAAGGAAAAGAGCCAGUGGUUCAAGGAUGGCCAAACAAUACACAGCAAUUAAAAUUCAAGAGAGAGAGAUACAUUAAAAAUAAAUAAAUAAAUGAGAAAAAUAAAUAAAUAGCCUAAAUAAAUAAAUAAGCAGAUCAUAUACAAUAAGCAUAACAAUCUUUCCUACAAAACAUAAAUUCAUAUUAUUAAAUAAAAAUGACCAAAGAUGAGCACACAUUAAACGUUUUAGUUGUCUUUCUGUUACAGGAGGUAGACAUAUGUGACCCUGGACCACAAAACCAGUCAUAAGGGUAAAAUUUUUUAAAUUGAGAUUUGCUUCAGGACAAUAUCUGGCCGAGAUACAACUAUUUGAAAAUCUGGAAUCUGAGGGUGCAAGAAAAAAUAAAAUAUUGAGAAAAUCACCUUUAAAGUUGUCUAAAUAAAGUCCUUAGCAAUGCACAUUACUAAUCAAAAAUUAAAUUUUCAUACGGAAGGAUUUUUGGCAUAAAUGAAAAAUCGAUAAUUUUCAAUGUAUUGUUGGCUAUUGCUACAAAUAUACCCGUGCUAUUUAUGACUGGUUUUGUGGUUCAAGGUCACAAAUAGUUCUCUGUUAUGGAUCCGUGACAAGUGAAACCAUGACUGACUGCAGAGGAGGCGGAGCUUCAGAUAAAUACAAUGGCGGGGUGGACUGACAUCUCAAAGCUCGGCAGGUGUAAUCGGGACAGGAUCUCUGCUGUUGAUCUCCGACCGCUUCCCCGACCUACAACAGAGGACUUCAUCUCGAAGUUCAUCUGGUGUGAUUCAGGGGUUUACAGAGGAUUUACCUGUUACCACCGGCCGUGGACCGUGAUAUGAACCUUAAAGUGUUGUGCCUGUCUCUCCUUCUUUCUGAAGCCUCCUGUUUCACUGAGUUUGAGAUUACUGUUCCUAGAGACACUGUCACUGGGUUUUACGGCGAGGCGCUGAUCCUCCCCUGCAGCUUCCCUGUGGACAGCUCAUGGGAUCUGAGAAGCACCGUUAUCACCUGGCAGCGUGGACUGGAUGUUGUUCACAGCUUCUACUACAGUCAGGACCAGCUCGACCGUCAGAAUCGGCAUUAUGUCAACCGCACCAGUCUGUUCAUUCAGGAGAUGGCAAGAGGAAACGCAUCACUCAAACUGGACGAAGUCAGUCUUCAGGACGCCGGCAUGUACACCUGCUCCGUCAGCACGAACACUGGCAGCCAGAAGAAGAGCUUUGGAGUGAAUAUUGCAGCGUUCUACUCUGAACCUCGUCUGCAGUUCUCAUUGUUAACUGAUGGAGUGAAUCUUCUGGUGACCUCAGAUGGGGGUUACCCUUCUCCCACACUGCAGUGGCUGAUGGAGAACUCAGACAUCACUAACCAGACACAAACACGCCUCACGCAGGACACACAGACAGGACUUUAUGUUGUGUCAAGUUGGAUAAGUCUCACCGAAGUGUCAAAUUCCUCUUUGACGUUCAUACUGCACAACAAACACCUGGGACAAGACAUCAGGAGAGACAUCCAGCUCUACUCCGAUAAGAGUGAGAGGCAAGGAGAGUCAGCAUACAGAUGUCAUGGAUGCUUCAUAUAUAUCCCAGUUAUUCUGCUGCUGCUGCUGCUGCUGAUCGUGAUGAGUGUAUUGUUUGUGUUCAUUAAAAGAAGAAGAGAACAGACCAAACAAAAUGGCUUUACGGAAAUGGGACACCCUUCUGAAAUUCAGAUUCUUAAUGGAAAACCAUUAUGUCCAUAAUGGUUGUUACAAAACCACUUCAACGAACAGUUAUCCUAUUUAUGAAACUUAUGAAAAAUGUUCUGUGAUUUGCAUGAUGAUAUAUAACAGCAUUAUAUAUAAUUUUUUAUUGUUUACAGUGAAAUGCAAUAUAUAUAUAUAUAUAUAUAU